UGCCGGGUGGGUGGUGGCCAGUUUUCUGCUUCAGUAAAGGAAUAGGGCCAGUCUCUGGUUCACCGCGAGGAGACAGCUGCUCACUGAAAGGCGUCUUCUCGUCCUUGCCCGAUUAGGUGAGACCUUGCGUGGUCCUGGGCUGAGCCCCCUGCCCUCCCAGCUGUGGCCAAGCAGGGCCCUGAGCGGGGAAAAUACCUCAUCGCCUUCCUCGGGUGGACCUAGGAGGACGUGGCCAGAAGCAUGUGGUGUAUCCUGCGAAGCUGGCGGCAAGGAGGCCUGGGCGCGUGGGGAGUCGUGAGCCAGCAACAGUGGCUCCAGGGCACUCGCGCCCUGGCCAGCGGGGUCUCCCGGGGCAGAGACGAGUACAACUACGUGGUGGUGGGUGCGGGUUCUGCGGGAUGUGUGCUGGCCAACCGGCUCACAGAGGACCCCGACAAGCGUGUGCUGCUGCUGGAGGCAGGGCCCAAGGACACGUACGCCGGGAGCAAGCGGCUCCUGUGGAAGAUCCACAUGCCCGCAGCCCUUGUGGCCAACCUGUGCGAUGACAAGUACAACUGGUACUACCACACGGAGCCACAGGCUGGCAUGGAUGGCCGCGUGAUGUACUGGCCACGGGGCCGGGUGUGGGGUGGCUCCUCGUCCCUCAAUGCCAUGGUGUACAUCCGUGGGCACGCUGAGGACUAUGAGCGCUGGCAGCGGGAGGGCGCCGACGGCUGGGACUAUGGCCACUGCCUGCCCUACUUCCGGAAGGCACAGGCCCAUGAGCUGGGUGCUGACACCUACCGCGGCGGCCACGGGCCCCUGCACGUGUCCCGGGGCCGGACCAACCACCCUCUGCAUCAGGCCUUCCUGGAGGCAGCACAGCAGGCCGGCUACCCCUUCACCGAGGACAUGAACGGCUUCCAGCAGGAAGGCUUUGGCUGGAUGGACAUGACUAUCCACAAAGGCAAACGGUGGAGCGCAGCCUGUGCAUACCUGCACCCGGCUCUGAGCCGCUCCAACCUCAGGGCCGAGGCCAGGGCCUGGGUGAGAAGGGUGCUGUUCGAAGGCACCCGCGCCGUGGGCGUGGAGUAUGUCCAAGAUGGCCAGAGCCACAAGGCUUACGCCAGCCAGGAGGUGAUUCUGAGCGGUGGUGCCAUCAACUCCCCGCAGCUGCUCAUGCUCUCCGGCGUGGGCAACGCGGAUGACCUCAAGAAGCUGGGCCUCCCUGUUGUGUGCCAUCUCCCUGGAGUUGGCCAGAACCUGCAGGACCACCUGGAGAUCUAUAUCCAGCAGGCCUGCACCCAGCCCAUCACCCUGCACUCGGCACAGAAGCCUCUGAACAAGGUUCGAAUCGGGCUGGAAUGGCUCUGGAAGUUCACAGGGGACGGAGCCACGGCCCACCUGGAGACGGGUGGCUUCAUCCGCAGCCAGCCCGGGGUCUCCCACCCGGACAUCCAGUUCCAUUUCCUGCCUUCGCAAGUGAUUGACCAUGGGCGGGCACCCACCCGAGAGGAGGCUUACCAGGUGCAUGUGGGGACCAUGCGGGGCACGAGUGUGGGCUGGCUCAAACUGAGAAGCACCAACCCCCAAGACCACCCUGUGAUCCAGCCCAACUACUUGUCAACAGAAGCUGACAUCAAGGACUUCCGUCAGUGCGUGAAGCUGACCCGAGAAAUUUUUGCCCAGAAAGCCCUGGCACCGUUCCGGGGGCCAGAGCUCCAGCCUGGCAGCCACGUCCAGUCGGACAAAGAGAUUGAUGCCUUUGUGCGGGCAAAGGCAGAUAGCGCCUACCACCCCUCGUGCACCUGCAAGAUGGGCCAGCCCUCCGACCCCACCGCGGUGGUAGACCCGCAGACCAGAGUCCUCGGGGUAGAAAACCUCAGGGUGGUCGACGCGUCCAUCAUGCCAAGCGUGGUCAGCGGCAACCUGAACGCCCCCACCAUCAUGAUUGCGGAGAAGGCUGCUGACAUCAUUAAGGGGCAGCCUGCCCUGUGGGACAAGGACGUCCCUGUCUACAAGCCGGGGACUCUGGCCACCCAGCGUUGACCAUCUCAGUUCCUGAAGGCCCCUGGGAGCCCGGGCUGGCACGGCUCCCAGUGUGCUUGGCGGCCCCCAUCUAGGACAUUAAGACUCCAUAGCGCUGGCCUGGGGGACUUGGUAGGAAACCAGACGGUCAGCUGGUCAGUGCAUCAGUGUUCUGCCAGCCUCUCCCUGUAGGCCUGGGUAGAGGCAGGGGGGACUGGCACUCUGGCCUGGGUCUCCUCCCCCUGCCUCCUGGAGGGGACCACAGUGGGAGGAGAAGCUGACCGGGGGCAUGGGCACUGACCAUGGUCUUUUCCUGUAUCCCGUGGUGUCCCCCACUCCAGGGUACAGCCUGGAUGUGGGGAAGUGGCUCCCUGCCAGGUCUCCCUCAGAGCAGAGGGAGCUGUACCCGGGGUGCAAAGCCUUCCCGAGGCUGCAGCCCCCACACGAGGCUGUGACCCGGAGUUGAGGCCACACGUCGCACUGGCACUGGUGCUCAGAGAAAUGCCCAUGGCAGGAGGAACGGCUGAUUCCUUCCGUCGUACUUCUGCCCUCACCAGAGGCAGGCAGGCACAGGGGCUAUUCGGUCAAAGCACCCCCUUCCCCCCCCCCCCCUGCCCCACCCAAGCACUCCAGAGUUAAUGAAACACUCUCCUGCCUGGGAAGCAUCUCUGGACCUUCAUCUUCACCUCCACAGUGCUCACAAUGGAACAUUUCCAGUGCUCGCCCCGUUCCCAGGGAACCCCGAGCCCCAGUGCCAAUCCCACAUACCAGUCUGUCACUCCAAACAGAAGCAGCCAGUCGGCGGGGCGCCUCCUCUCCGCCAAGGGAGACCCCGCGCAGCUGACAGGGGCUGGUUCAUUCUUAUUCUCUUGAUGUCCACGGGAAGAGACCGGGACGGUGCCAAGUCCCAGGGAGAGGCACGGCUGCGCCAGUGCCUGCACACAUGCAGCUGAGUGGAAGGGAAAUAAACCGAGAAAGUAAAAUAG